GCAAUCCAGAAUAUGAUUGAGCUCGCCUCCACCCGUGCUGCCGAGAAGACGGGAGAGGCGAGCAUGGCCCAAGUCAAGGAGGUCGCCACCACCGCUGCGAAAGCGGCAGCCCGUGAAGUGCUCGCCGACCUAGACUCCAGGAUGCGGAAGCUGGAGAGCAACCCGUCCCUCGCAGGAGGUGCCUCCACGACGGGCGGGACUGUCCGAGGUGACGGGCCCUACGCUCCCAGUGCCGCUGAGAGACAUGUACCUGGAGGUGUCGACAUCAAGGGCUUCGUGGAUGACUGGAAGGACCCCGACCCGUCGAGCCUCACCGCGCAAGCUGCGCAGAGGCUCCUCCACCUCGUCUCAUCCAAUUUGGCGACGGAACUCAACGGCCUUAUCGACGCGCCCCGCACCACCGCCAUGCUGGACAAGAAGGCACUGCACACCAAGGUCACUAUUUAUCUCAAGGAUCGGAGUCGAGGCAAUGCCUGGACGCUCAAGAAGGCCAUCCAAGCCCUGGCCGACAACGGCACCCUGCCCAAUCAGGCCGCGAAGUUCUACGCGGCCACAGAGACCUUCGGCAUGAGCAAGACGCGUAUGAAGCUGGACUACCUGAAGAUCGGAGGCAGCCAGCACAUCGUGGCCAGGAGGAUCGUGGGCGUGGCCCACCCCGUCAAGCUGGCCACCUUCUCGCAGGCCAUGGGCUGGUCACUCUCGCUCCAGAAUUGGAGGGACUCGGGCUGCACGGCCGAGGAGACAGACAUCAUGGGCGCCAUCACCAACGCGUGA